AUGGCUGAGGAAAUAGAUGAUAGUGGCUUUUAUAGACAGGAUUUUAGUACAGUGUCCGACUGGGAGGUUUUUAAUGCCCAAUUAGGAGAUGUUAUUCAAAAAUUAAAUGCAAUUGAAAUUGAUGCUACCAGCGGAACUGAUACCUACCAACUUAACUAUAAAGUACACACCGAAACUUUUUUAGUACAUAAAGCUAAAAUUUGUGUAAGUUUUUAUUAUUCCACAAUCUCUGAACAUCGAGAGAGGAAUUCCAAAGACGACAACACGUAUAACUCAAUGUACUACGACCUUAUGAAUAUUAGGCGAACUUUUGGUCCACCGUUAAAAACUUCCAAUUGUAAAUGUUUACAUGUAAUAUCUAGUUUAUUUGGAUUGCAACGGUUUGCGGUCAUCCAUCCACAUCAGACAAAUCAAAAAUAUAUAACUAAUCCUUCGGAAUUUUGUUUUUUUCUCAGUGCUGCGACGGUUGUGGCUUCGGAAUAUUGUACAGUGCCAAUAUUUGUUCAAAUUUAUGACCCAAAAUUAAAUAUUUUUUUAGGAGUUGGAAUGAAUGCCAUGCUACGAACUAAUUUUGAUAUUGUUGUUCUUAAACAGUCUCCUGUCGACUGCCGUUACCUAUCUGGAUUACUACAAAUAUUUAAAGAAAAACUUCCGUUUAGUAAUGUGCAACCCAUUUCAUUAUCAGUGCGAAAUAUAUAUGCGCUGGGAACUAUACGGUUUCGUUAUCCAAUGAAUGUCCCAUUUCUUAAACGUUUUGAUGUAAAUGGUAAAGACGGAAUUGGAGAUAAAUACAAAAGUUGGGAUAGAAAUAUAGCACUACCAUGUGGUUAUUUUCCCGAUUCAGGUACAGAUGUAUACCUCGUUUACAGUUGGGUAGGAAUUUCGGAAAUUUUUGCAAUAGACUCGCCACUGCAUACUGACUUUGUACCAUCGAAAGCGCAUAUUUGUAAUAUGUACCAAACGGCUAAUGUGGGUUCCUAUUUGACGAGUAGUUUACGAGAUUUUUUAAAGUUAUAUAAUAGUAGAGAAGCCUUAGAAACAUUUGUAGGUCGUAAUGUUACUGAUUCUUUUGAUGGUGUCAAUAUGGCAGAUGCACGAUAUCACUUGACAAACCCUCAAAUUAGACAAAUUCGGUCAAACAAUAAAUUAAAUAUCAAGGAAGGUUAUCAGAGUUUAAAAAAAAUUGCUGGACCAUUAAAUGAAUCUGAACUAAAGUCGUUUAUAGCAUUUAUGUUCCCAGAUUUAUAUCCAGAUAACGAAAAUUAUUGUUAUAUAAAUGAUAUAGCGGCACGAAAUAUUGAGGGUAAUCCUCAUCGGAUAAAAUCAUCUCCAUUCAACUCUUUAUCCAGCCGUCUUAGCUGCGUACUAGUUACUUGUAAUGCUCACUUUGGUGGGAAAAAUGGGCUUGCUCAGCUUUGGAUUGCGUUUAUUAGGGAGCUCCGAUUUAUAUGGAAUUGUAGACUUUCAAUUCAAGGAAUUUCUGGCGGGUUUCCUGAUACGCGUACUUGUCUGUUAAACCAAAAACUUCAAAUGCUUAACUAUUGCAUUGAGCGUUCCAAGUGUCGAAAGUAUGAAAACAAAAAGUAUUUAAGCGACAUCGGCAGUAAUAUUGAUCCUGAAGGGCUAGAGGGUACAAACUUCAAAGAAGUUUCUGAUGAAACAGGCAAUGAAACUGAAGACGAGUUCUUUGAUUGUACAGAAUAUGUUCCAGAAGGACGCGCAAAGAGAUUGGGGGAUGAAAAUAUAUUGGAUAGUGACGAACCAUUGUACAUUCCUGUAACGCAAGAUCCUGUACCAAAAACAGAGGAUGAAUUGCAAGCCGAUUCAGAGGCUAUGCUGAAACUGGGUUCAGGUCGGAACGAAAUGUUGAAACAUAUUUUUUCUAAUUCACUCUUUACUCUGAAUCAAAUAGGUUUCAACAUUCAAAUGAUGUCCUUUUCCUUACUCUCUGAUAUGGAGGCGUUUAAAGCAGCAAAUCCAAAGGGAAAAAUGGAGGAUUUCAUACGUUGGUAUAGUCCGAAGGAUUGGGAAAAAGAUGAGUUCGGAGUGGGACAAUUGAGCGCGCGCAUGCGAAUUCCGGGCAAUACUUGGCAAACAGUGUGGAAACAGGCCCAACCGGUUGCAGCUAACAAACAGAAGCGCUUAUUUGAUGAAACAACGGAAGCGCUAAAGGUUUUAUCCUAUUUAGAAACUAGAAAUAUAGCUGAAAUAUAUGAUAUGGUAAUAAUAACAGUACUGCAUGCAGCGAUAAUAAAGUUUAAGGGAAUUUUAGAAACUGAGAAAAUAUUAGACCUUUUCGAGUAUAAAAUUGAAGCAUUACUUAAUGAAUUGAGCCACAUAUCACGCGCUGAUGACACAGAGGUUUUUGAUAUUCAACAAACGAAAUCAAAAAUUGAAGGUCUAAUUAAGGGACUUGAAGAAUAUGAAGUUCAGUUCUACCAAUAUAAAUGCUUUGAACAACUAACAGGGUAUCCAGACAAUAUAACCUUCGAAGAAAUUAAGUGCAAAUUUAAAGAAAUGAUUGAAAAUCAAAACAGUUGCAGCAUAAAUAAUGCAGAGGACAUUGGGAAACAUAUUAUCACAUCCUAUGGCAGUGAAUUGCACAGCAAUUUGAUAACGAAAGAAUAUGUUUUGCGAGUGCGAGCGAAUGAACCGGCAGGACCACAUUUCUUACGGGCUGUUGUAACAGGUGAAGAAGUACGUUUAUGCGGCGCCUUUACCGAGAACACCACACUUAUUUAAGGAUAUUCUUUUGAUUAAAAAUAUAUGUAUUUGAAUUUGUCACAGUGUGAAAUAAAUAAUUCCGUUGUUAUGCCACUGUAAACAAUACAAAUAAUAACA